AUAAAAUAGCCACAACCAACCCCUUCUCUUGCUCGGAUGCUCUCUCUUCCCCGCCCACCAGCUCUGCCUCCGCCGCUUCAAUAAUCUUCUCAUGGGGCCCACCUCCGCCGCCUCGUACUUCGCACCUCUCCGUCGCCUCUCCUCCGCCACCGCCGCCACCCUUCUCUCUAUGAUCAUUAUGACGAUUAUUUCCAUCUCUAUUCCCAGCACCACCGCUUGCUGAAUCGCUCGCACCGCCGAGCUCUUUGAUCCGCUUGGCCGUUGGAAAGUUGAUACCUUUUCGAUAUUUUAUUCGUUUUCCCCCUUCCUUUUGACUAGAAGGAAAGUGAGAGGGAGAGGAUGGCAUCGUCGCUGUUGAUGAACCACGGGCUGGGCUUGAGGAACGCCACGCUGAGCUUUGGCCUGAAGCCCUGCCGUCCGGCCGCCGGGAACGAUACAAGGUUAAUUUCGGACUUGAUCGUCAUCUUUUCGUGACAUUGAUGGUUUGUCUGUAAGGUCGUGAAGUGAAUCAUGGAGCAGUGUCUUCGCUUGAUGGACACGAAGAUGGAGAUCUCCAGAAGCAGUUCUUAUUCCAAAUUAUCAUCUUCCAAUGCGCAGUCUUGAAAUUAAAAACAGGACAUCAGUGGAUGACAUUAAGAGCCUCAGAUUAAUCACAGCCAUCAAGACUCCAUAUUUGCCUGAUGGGAGAUUUGACCUUGAAGCUUAUGACUCCCUAAUGCACAUGCAGAUUAAUAAUGGUGCUGAGGGCGUGAUAGUGGGAGGAACAACAGGGGAGGGCCAUCUCAUGAGCUGGGAUGAACACAUCAUGCUCAUUGGGCACACUGUUAAUUGCUUUGGUACAUCAAUCAAAGUAAUAGGGAACACUGGAAGCAACUCAACAAGAGAAGCAAUCCAUGCAUCCGAACAGGGCUUUGCUGUAGGCAUGCAUGCAGCCCUUCAUAUCAAUCCUUAUUAUGGGAAGACGUCUUCCCAAGGACUAGUCUCACAUUUUGAGACAGUCCUCUCCAUGGGCCCGUCCGUCAUCUACAAUGUACCAUCAAGAACCGGACAAGAUAUUCCUCCUUCGGUUAUACAUAAGAUUUCACAGAAUCCUAACAUGGCAGGUGUCAAGGAGUGUGUUGGAAAUGAUCGAGUUAAGGAAUAUACAGAUCAGGGGAUGGUAAUAUGGAGUGGUAAUGACAAUGAGUGUCAUGAUUCUAGGUGGACUUAUGGGGCGAAUGGAGUUAUAUCUGUUGUUAGCAACCUUGUUCCAGGUCUGAUGCAUGAGCUCAUGUUCCAAGGGAAGAAUCCUUUGCUGAACUCAAUGCUGAUGCCUUUAAUUGAUUGGUUGUUUCGUGAGCCAAAUCCUAUAGGCCUUAACACUGCUCUGGCUCAGCUGGGAGUGACAAGACCCGUUUUCAGGUUGCCAUAUGUUCCUCUUCCUCUUGAAAGAAGGGUUGAAUUUGUCCGUAUAGUGGAGGCCAUUGGAAGGGAGAAUUUUGUAGGAGAGAAGGAUGUGCAAGUCCUUGACGAUGAUGACUUUAUAUCAGUGGGUCGUUAUUAGUAUAUGCUUUAUCAUGCCUAGCAUUUUGACUGCUUUUUUUAAAUAGAGUUUGGUUAAUGGAUGACUGGAUAAUGUUGUUGUAUGAAUUGUGAUUAUAAAUGGAACUGAUUAGACUUGAGCUGGCCAGUAUA